AUGCAUGCACCAGUCUGCACCGACUCCACUUUGACCUUUUGGUACAGCCUGCUUCAGGGCCUGGUCGGCAUAGUGCUGAUCGCCCUUGCCUGCUAUACCAAAUUUGCACAGCCCAACUACCUGAUGCCAUGGCCCCCGCAGACCUGGUUACCGGAAGAUCUCUUCCAACUAUCCGAUCGGCUAUCCGUCGAGACCUUUAAGCCCUACUCAGAUCGCAUCAUCACCCUAUUCUUCAUAAUCGGGGCCAUCUGCCUCUUCAUCACCUUCCUCACCAUCCUCGGCACUGGGUUCAACUCGCCCAAUCUGCUCCGACUCGACGUCCUGACAGUGCACUUGUUGGCGGGUGUGCUGAUCACAGGCGCCGUGAAUCUGGCCACAGACAAGCGCCUGAUACACGCCCAUCUGCAGACCGAGCUGCGGCAUCUGCUGGCCGACGGCUACUCGUUCGACUGGGCGCGCCAGGCCGCCUGGAACAGCAGCCACUGGCGGACGGAGGCCGAGGCUGCAGUGGACAGCUUCACGCGGCUGGUGGAUGCUGUUCAGUGGAGCUACGGCUGCUGCGGAGUGAUGAAUGGCAGCGACUUCUUCGGGCUCUCGGGCAACAUCACGCUGCAAGAGCUCGGCCUGCAGCCCGUCCGAGCGCCCAGCUCCUGCUGCCGAGGGGAGAGUAUCACUUCGUGCCGGCUGCAGCACACCGAGUGGAACAGUAACUUCCACACAGGCUGCUACGGCUCGAGGAUGCGCGAAGUGGUGAACAAACGUUUUGAGUGGCUCAUCUUGGCCAUGGUUUUCUGCACGAUGCUCACUUUCGUCAUGUGCGUCAAUCUGAUGUAUCAAUUUUGCAGGGAGCGAGAGAACCGCAAAGCUAUGCAGACGAUAGCAUAG